GAGGCGCAGAGAACACGUAGCGACUCCGAAGAUCAGCCCCAAUGAACAUGUCAGUGUUGACUUUACAAGAAUAUGAAUUCGAAAAGCAGUUCAACGAGAGCGAAGCCAUCCAAUGGAUGCAGGAAAACUGGAAGAAGUCUUUCCUGUUUUCUGCGCUGUAUGCCGCCUUUAUCUUUGGUGGUCGGCAUCUGAUUAACAAGCGAGCCAAGUUUGAACUUCGGAAGCCGCUCGUGCUCAGGUCGCUGACUCUUGCCGUCUUCAGUAUAUUGGGUGCUCUUCGAACUGGUGCUUACAUGCUGUACAUUCUGAUGACCAAAGGCCUGAAGCAGUCAGUUUGUGACCAGAGUUUUUACAAUGGACCUGUCAGCAAAUUCUGGGCUUAUGCAUUUGUGCCCAGCAAAGCACCGGAACUAGGUGACACGAUAUUCAUCAUUCUGAGGAAACAGAAACUGAUC